AGGUAUGAGAGCAGCAUAAGGAGAGAGCAGCAUAAGGAACGGAGUAGUGACUGACAGAAUAGUGGCUGGAGCACUGAUACAAAGAGAAGAAGAUUUAUUUUUUUAAAAAGUGGGUUGUUUAGUCAAGGCUGAAAACAUACGCUAUUUUUGUGGCCAACAAAGAUGAUUAUGCCCGGUUUGUAUCUGUUCUUGUUUUUGUUGGGAAUUCACUUGGGAAGGUCUGACCGCACAGCCAGAAAUGCAGGUGAGCUAUAUAGCCAAGUGCCUGGACAGAGUCAGUGGCUCGGCUCCUUGCUGUGUCCUGAAAAGAUGCCAGACUCAUCGAGGGCAGAACAGACACCUGUACUUGCUCUAUUAUGCCGCAGGAAGAAAUCAUUUUCUACAGGACAUCACUGGUCUACAGGCUCCCUACUGCCUAGCCAAUCUAUUUCUGCACCUACAGGGGAGUUCUUGGUGGAAAGAGAAAAAGAUCUCUCUACCUACAACUGGAACUCUUUUGGCCUCAGAUAUGGCAAGAGAGACUCCGGGUCAGAAAAUUCCAAGGUGAAGAUCUGGUAGUUCUAAGCAAAAAAGCAAAAGAUCUUUGAUCACUUUUUUUUGCAGUCAGAGAUACCUUAUACUGACUAAUAUUAAUCCCCUACAGGAGAUGACAUCGAUUGGAAAUACUAUUGUGGAUUGUCCUCCACUAAUAAAUAAAGCCUGGUCUUUGCACU